UGCAGUGUGAGUGGGGCUCAUGCUCGUUCGUGUGCUGGGCCCUGGAGGAGUUCUUCCAGCACCUGCAGCAGCACCUGCAGCAGCACCUGCGCAGCCCCGCCCAGCGGGAGGACGACGACGACCUGAUGGCAACUAGAGGGCAGGGACCGGGAGUCUGUCCAUUGAUCGCGCCUGCCCAGCGCCGCCAGUCCAGCACUUGGUGGCCAUUCACUGCUGGUGGUUGCUGAAUGAACUCCUGGCAAAGCGGUCGAGUCUGGCCUCCUCCCUUACUGUGCAGUGCCGCGGGGAGAAGGUCGAGCUGGACGUCGCAAAAUCCACCUCUUCCUUCCGAACCCCUCUCUGCAGAGGAAGAAUUCUCCUGCCUGUGGCAGGAGUGUGGCUUUUGUUCUCUGGAAAGCUCUUCCGACCUCGUCCGCCACGUCUACUUUCACUGCUACCACACCAAGCUGAAGCAGUGGGGCCAGCAGGCCCUGCAGAGCCAGGCCGACCUCAGCCCCUGCAUCCUGGACCUUCAGAGCCGCAACAUCAUCCCCGACAUCCCCGACCGCUUCCUGUGUCUGUGGGAGCACUGCGAGAGCGCCUUCGACAAUCCCGAGUGGUUCUAUCGGCACGUGGACGCGCACAGUCUGUGCUGUGACUACCAGGCCGCGGGCAAGGACAACCACGUGGUGGCCUGCGGCUGGAAAGACUGCACCUGUACCUUCAAGGACCGCUGUAAGCUCCGGGAGCACCUCCGCAGCCACACGCAGGAGAAGGUGGUGGCCUGCCCCACCUGUGGGGGCAUGUUCGCCAACAACACCAAGUUCUUGGAUCACAUCCGACGCCAGACGGCACUGGACCAGCAGCGUUUCCAGUGCUCUCACUGCUCCAAGAGGUUCGCCACGGAGCGCCUGCUGCGGGACCACAUGCGCAACCACGUGAAUCACUAUAAGUGCCCCCUGUGCGACAUGACCUGCCCACUGCCGUCCUCCCUCCGCAACCACAUGCGCUUCCGCCACAGCGAGGACCGGCCCUUUAAAUGUGACUAUUGUGACUACAGCUGCAAGAAUCUGAUCGACCUCCGGAAGCACCUGGACACACACAGCAGAGAGCCGGCCUACAGGUGUGACGUGGACAAGUGCAGCUUCACGGCGCGCUCCCUCUCGUCCAUCAAGGCCCACUACCGGAAGGUGCACGAGGGCGACUCAGAACCAAGGUACAAGUGCCACGUCUGCGACAAGUGCUUCACCAGGGGCAACAAUCUCACCGUGCACCUGCGCAAGAAGCACCAGUUCAAGUGGCCCUCAGGGCACCCCCGUUUCCGGUACAAGGAGCAUGAGGAUGGCUACAUGCGGCUGCAGCUGGUUCGCUACGAGAGCAUGGAACUGACACAGCAGCUGCUGCGGCAGCCACAGGAGGAGUCGGCCCUGGACGCGUCCCUGAAUGAGAGCAGCCUGCAGGGCAUCAUUCUGGAGACAGUGCCCAGCGAGUCGGGCUGCCAGGAAGAGGCGGAGGAGGAGGAAGAGGGUGGGGAGGGGUCGGCCCUCGCAGCCUCCCAGGACUCCCCAAGCCCCAUCAUACACGUGGUGGAUCAGACCAAUGCGCAGGGCGAGCGAGAGAUUGUCUACUACGUGCUGUCUGAGGCCCCGGGAAAGCCACCCCCAUGCCCGGAACCCCCCACAGCAGUUGGCACGGGAAGCCGUCAGGGGAUCGCCGAAGAGCCAGAAGUCCAGACGGUGUGACAGGCACAGACCUGGUGGUCUUGCUU